AUGCGCCGACUCACAAGUUUUUCGGCGCUGAUAGCAGCGGUGGCGAUGCCACUCUCCACCGCCGCUGAGCUAUCCCGCAGAGAACUCCAACCGCUGCCGCUCUCCGUCCACGACCGCUACAUUGUCGACGCCCGCAACGAAACAGUCGCCCUCGUCGGCGUGAACUGGGCAGGCCAUGAGCGGACCAUGCUCCCAGAGGGCCUGCAGUACCAGUCCGUCGCCCACAUCGUCAAGAGGAUCGCCGAAACGGGCUUCAACGCCGUCCGCCUGACUUUUGCCACCGAAAUGGUCGACGACAUUGUCGAAAAGGGCGGCGACGUCGACCUCAAGACGACGCUGCAGAACGCGCUGGGCCCGGAGAACGGCACGGCCAUCCUGAAGCAGAUUCUUCAAAACAAUCCGGCCUUCAACGAGAGCUCCAAGCGACUCGAUGUGUGGGACGCUGUCGCGGCGGAGCUCGGGAGGCAGAAGAUUUACGUCCAUCUCGACAACCACGUGUCCAAGGCUGGUUGGUGCUGUACGCCGUACGAUGGGAACGGGUGGUUUGGCGAUACCAACUUCAACACGUCCAACUGGGUCCGCGGACUAUCCUACAUGGCAGAACAUGGUAAGGCUUCAAACUGGACAACCUUCACCAGCAUGGGUCUCCGCAACGAGCUCCGGGACCCCUUCUCCGGGGAUCCUCCCGAAAGCCUGGAGAACACGACCUGGACGACCUGGAAAACCCGCAUGGUGCAAGGUGCCAACGCGAUCCACGCCGCGAACCCGGACGUCCUCAUCUUCUUUGGCGGCCGCAUCUUUGACUUUGACAUUUCGGCGCCCGUGCAGGGCCGAUUCGGCAGCGAACCGGGCUUCAACUUCUCCAUUGCCGAGUUCCCGUUCAAGAACAAGUUCGUCUUUGAACAGCACCAGUACGACCAGGGGCUCGUCGACGACGCGUGUACGAGUUACCGGGAUAUUCUGGCGGCGUUUGGGUCUGAUGUCAUGACGAGUGGCAGCAACGGGACGAACGGGACGAGCAACCGGGCGCCGCUGGUUAUGACGGAGUGGGGACACGAUCAGAGUGAUGAGAGCGGCGCGUUUAAGAACAAGUUCCGCAGGUGUCUGAUGGACUUUAUGGUUGAUCGGCAGAUUAGCUGGAUGGUUUGGGUCAUGGGCGGAAGCUACUACACGCGUGAAGGUGUGCAGGACAAGGAUGAGCCUUGGGCCAUCCUUGACCACAACUGGAGCGCGUAUCGCGGGAAAGCGUCCAUCAGGAAACUCCAGAGCGACAUGGAGAAGACGUACGAGGCCUUUCAUCAGACGAUGCCCUCCGCUGGGAGAAGUCCAGGGAACCAGCCAAAGAGUACUGCAGCGUCGUUUUCAUACAGCGUGUCAUUAGCUACUUUGAUGGGCAUCGUUGUCGCAGUCAUGAUCUGGGCGUAG